AUGAGUUUCAGACACCUGCUGUUGCCCCUUGCCGUCAUGGCGAACUGCUAUGACGGCAACAACGGUGGCUGCUCGCACUUUUGCAGCGGAGCGGGCACGUGCUCCUGUCCGCCUUGUUGGACGCUUGAUGCCGCGGGCCAACGCUGUUCCAUCGAAGCAGGAAAAGCCACUGUUACCUGUUCUUCAACAGGAGUGACGAUAUCGAUCGACAAAUGUGCCGUGCCCGGCGUGGAAGCCUCGGACAUUCAUUUGAACGACCCAUCUUGCGCUGCAGUUGAAGAUGGCGAGACCCACUGGACGAUUGAAAGCUCAACUGUGACUGGCUGCGGCGCCAGCGCUUCAUUUGGAAACGACGUUUUCUCGUUUGCCAACGUUCUUCACAUUGGCAACAGUGUUGUAAACAAUCUGGUAUUUGGAAGAAAUGCAGCUGUCGACUUCGUGUGCAAUUACAAUAGCCAAGUUUCCGCCUCGAGCAACUUUGUUUCCAGCAACAUUGUUUCGUCGGUCUCUUUCGACGCAGGAGAUGUGAAUGACAAUGCCAUCGAUUUUCUCUUCACGUUCUCUUUUUACGAAACUGCCGACUACCAAACAACAGUGGAUUUUGCCACGAACCCAGCUGCUAUCAACGCCCCCGUGUCGAUCCCGGACACCGCUUUUGUCGUCCAAAGUUGUUCCGUUUCUGACGAUGCGAUUGUGGGCUCGAAUGCUAAUCUCGUCGAGAACAACUGCCCGGUCGACAAUGGCCUCGGGUUUACGUGGGGCGAAUCGACUGAAACCGAAGUCAAGUUCGAAUUCAUGAGCUUUAUCUUCCCGGAGAGCUCCGAUUCCGCCGCCAUGACGCUCACCUGUGACAUCAAUUUCUGUUCUACUGACGACACUGAUUGCCUAGCUAGCUGUUCUUCUGGUGGAGAACCGGGCGAUGUGAGUAUUCUCGUUCUUGGAGGCGCAAACUUUCCCGAUUCAUACAUCUUCUCCGGCGAUGGACUAACGAGAAACUCGCCUUCGAUCAGCGUUCCUCGAAGUGAUUACGUGUUUGGAAGCGCUUUCGCAGUUAUGCAAGGAGAGAUGUAUAUUUUCGGAGGCAUCGAAGACAAUCAUAAGAUCGCGAAAAUAGAAAAUUGCGCAUUUAACGAACUAUCAGUUCGACUCCGUUAUCGGAUAACUGAUAAAUCUGCUGCAAUUGACACGGACAACGGAGAGAGAGCGCUUAUCUGCUUUGAUGUCGUCGGAUGGGAUAGCUGUGAAAUCUUUGAUGGAGUGAUCUCGACAGCGACCCAUGACCCUGAAGUGCAUCAUGCUCUUGGUGGUCUUGGCCACUAUAAUGGCCAGCCAACUACUGUCGGAGGCGAAUACUCGCCUAGCAAUUCAAGAGUGGAAACAUACUCUGCUUCUGGAUGGACAACUUUGCCUUCUAUUCCAAGAGGCUCUUAUCUUCAUACACUGACAGGCUUGGAGAGUGGAGCAUUGGUAAAGGCCGGUGGAAGGGAUCUGACAACCGGAGGAUGGAGCACAGACGUUUGGCUUUUGAAAAACGAUGCUUGGACGAUUAUUGGUUCUCUUAACGAGUUCAAUUAUUGGGGCUCUGCAAUCAAAGUCGGAAACUUCAUCUACCUCGUCAAUGGCGGGGCGACAGAUGCCGAUGGGUUGUACCCGGUUGAACGAAUCGAAAUCGCUAACGAUGAAGUAAUCCAAACAGAAGUCAUCGGCGGGCACGACUUUGCUAGUUCUAGAUAUCUACCCAUUUUCGAAGUGACAGCUAAUUUCUGCGUCUGA